CUCGCGGCUGUGCAGCCACAAGUUAAUUAAACUCUCCCGUAUAAGCCUCCCAAGACGACGCAUUUUUGUUACUCUCAAACUCAUCAUCAUCAAUAGAUGACACGUAUGAGAGAGCGGCGGGCUGUGACUCUCAACAGGACACUUGUCCAUGAGUGAGGACUGUAUUUAAGAGGAACAGAUUGAAUGAGCGAUGAGAAUCUCAAGCCGCUGAGGUGAAAUCGUAAGAAUAAGCAUCACUCGUUACGUGCUCUCACUCUCACUCUCUCUCAACAACUCGUAAUCACAAACACCACUCACAUACAUACAUACCAAACUGGCUACUACACUCUCAACAAACUCCACAAACCCAUCUCGUGCAUAUCUCACUCAUUACGCCUUACCUGAUUCAUCUCACACCCAGCCUAGCCAUGGCCCAAAUCCUAGUCCACGACGCUCUCCAGCUUCCCCAGCCUGCAGUGGGACCCUCCUCGCGGCCGCCGCUGUCCCGCCUCUCGUCGAGUCCCGGCCCCGGCACCGUGCCCAGGACGGGCAUCGUCGUCUUCUCGGGCGGAAGCGCAGCCAACAGCCUGGUGGACGUGUUUGAGGGCGUGCGGGCGGCCAGUGCGGCGACGCUGAGCUACGUGAUUCCCAUCUCGGACAAUGGUGGCAGCACGAGCGAGAUUAUCCGCGUGUUCGGAGGACCAGGCAUCGGAGAUGUGCGGUCUCGUCUCGUCCGUCUCAUCCCCAACGACAACAAACCCGAGACAACCGCCAUCAAGCUCCUCUUCAACCACCGCCUGCCCCCCGUCUACGACAGAGCUCGAGCCGAGUGGUUCGAUAUCGUCGAGGGCACACACCCGCUGUGGCUCGACAUCUCGUCGCCCAAGCGCGAGCUGAUCCGGUCCUUCUUCAACAGCUUCAACCUCGAGGUCGUCAAGCGCAUGCGGCCCAGCAGCCGCUUCGACUUCUCCGGGUCCAGCAUCGGCAACCUGUUCCUGACGGGCGCCAGGCUCUUCACCGGCAGCUUCGAGGCCGCCAUCUGCCUGCUGAGCUCCAUCUGCGCCGUGCCCGACCGCGUGGCCGUUCUGCCGGCGCUCAACACCAACUUUGCCCAUCACAUUGCGGCGGGACUCGUCGACGGCACCGUCAUCACCGGCCAAAACGACAUCUCGCAUCCCAGCGCGCCCACGGCCGCCGUGCCGCUCCCGGGCCCGGGUCUGGUUCCGACCUCCGGAUCGCGCACGCCGGCGCUGUCGACGAACCAUGACCUGGACGAGCACGACAUCGAGGACGCAAACCUGCCCGGCAGCCUGCCUGCUCUGCGCCGGCCCGCCAUUGCCAUUUCAAAGCAGGACGAGGAGGAUCUCCCAUGCCGCAUCGACCGCAUCUGGUACAUCAACCCGUACGGCCAGGAGAUGCGCAUCCCGGCCAACCCGCGCGUGCUCGAGGCCAUCCGCAGCGCGCACUCGGUCAUCUACAGCAUCGGCUCGCUCUUCACGUCGCUGGUGCCAAACCUGGUGCUCAAGGGCGUGGGCGAGGCCAUCGCCAGCCCGCACAUCCGAAACAAGAUCCUGGUCCUCAACGGCACCACCGAUCGUGAAACCGGCCCAUCGAGCGACCCCUUUUCCGGGCUCGACUUCGUCGCCACCAUUGCCAACGCCUGCGCGGAUUCGAGGGGCUUGCCUCGGCCGUCUGCGGAUGAGUAUUCGCUGUACGUGACGCACGUCAUUUACAUCGAGGGCCCUACGAGUCCCGCCGUAGAUAAGCGGCUGUUUGCCCAGCUGGGAAUCGACACGACGAGGCUGUACGGACCCAAAGAUGGACAGGGCAAGGGAGGGCGAUAUGACGCAAAGGCGCUGGCGCAGACGCUUGAGAGCAUCAUCGGGCGCAAGGACACGCGCUCUGACAGGAGUCGGCGUAACACUCUGGUGGGAUAG